GCACUUUAACGUUUCGCCCUGACCAGUCGAGACAGUUCGACAAGCUUACAAGACAUGGAUACCGUUGUGCGGAAGAUGAUCGUGGCCGCGGCGCUGUGCGUCAGUCUGGUGAGGUGUGAGCCGCCGGUCUUGAACAACCAGUACGGCGUACCCGGGAACUACGCUGGACCUCAAGGGAACCAAGGCUACCAGCAACAGCAACCGCAGCCGUACAACUCAGCUGGCGUGACGAACAGCUACGGAGCACCUCUGGGGGGUGGUGACAUCGGCGGAGGACAUCACGGCGGUGGCGGCCACGACGAGCAUCAGGAUUACAUCGAUAACCAGCCCAAGUCGUACGAGUUCGGUUACGCGGUCAAGGAUGCGGCCUCGGGCAACGAUUUCGGCCGCAGGGAGACUAGCGACGGUGAGACGGUACGAGGCGAGUACCGCGUCCAGCUGCCCGACGGUCGUACCCAGAUCGUUACCUACACCGCCGAUUGGCGCACCGGUUUCCACGCGGACGUCAGGUACGAGGGAGAAGCUCAGUAUCCCGACCAGUACAACACUGGUAACCAGGGAUACAACAACAACGCUAACAACAACAACAACAACGGUGGAUAUGACUACGCCGGCAGCAACAGCAUCGACAGCGGCUACAACAAUGGAGGCAACCAAGGCGGCUACAACAACUACCAGGGCAACUCGGGCUUCAACAACGCCGGCUACAACAAUUACCAGUACGGCUCGAACUCUAUCGACUCGGGCAAUAACAACGGGGGUGGAUACUUCGGACCGUCCGUCGCGCCACCGGCACCCCAGCCCCAGUACGGUGUGCCCUUCCACUAAGCUGCUGCCACUCGUCGGGGAUCGUCGGUUCCGGAGACGAUGAAAGUGAACUUACUCCACGUGAGCUUUCAAGCCGACGCUGCGGCUCUUUGUUGGCUUUGUGCGAAUCCCUCUGAUGUCUGAACGAGUGAAUUUUUUAGUCUCUUCACUUCUCUCCGGACGAGAUUCACUUCUCGCGUUGGAUGAGAUCUUUUUUCGUGCUUGAGAGUUUCAUUUGCAAAUUCGUCUGCUGAUAAUUGCUUCUGUCAAACACUCGAUUGGAUUGAAAACGUCUCUGCCUCUCGAUAUUCAGCAAUAGUAUGGAUUUGCCAGCGGACGGAGAGUCGCAAUCUUGGAGCAUUAAAAGGUAAGCACAAUACGUCUGAGGACUUGUCUGCUUUCCAGAUGCUGUGUAUAUUAUUGACUACUAUCUUACCUCGAUGUGUAACGGAUAGAUUUUGAUUACGUCGUGUACUAAUGACGAAGCUGCGACUAUUUUCACUCUCGUAUUCAUUUUGCACUAAGGUGUGUUAUAUGCGCCGAUUAAUUUUAUUUCUGACGGUGCGAUGUAUCUUAUUCAUCGGUUCACCUGUACAUGUCGAGACGUUUGAAAAAAAGAAUUGACAUCUCAUGAUAGACAAAUUGUAAGCUCGUAUGUGUGGUUUUGAAAUUAUUUCUCAACCAUCAAGCUCAGUGUUCAUUCGGCAUCGGCUGAAUUUAUCAUACACACUAGAAUUCAACAGCACGAUUGUUAAAGCUUAUCGAGUCGUUUUUGGGGAUUUGAUAAGUACAAGUAUAAAUUGUUGAAGUGUACAAUUUUUAUGAAUUGUACAACUACCAGCACACUUUAUUUUUAUACGGAAUAGAUUAAGGUAAUAUAUCAAGCUUCGUUUGGUCAAUGAACCUGGGAUCAGGGACUGCUAGGAAAUACGUUAAACGUAUAUCCAUAAUUUUUUAAUCUCAUACGUUCAUGCAAAUUAUUUAAUUGUAUUUAUAGACGAGGAGAUCAAGGAUUCGAGUAAGACUUUGAUAUUUUUUUAUAUACCACGUAGAUUUGUAAGAUCAACAAUUUCGCAAGAUCUUGCUUUCUUGCGCAUAUACUUUUCUGGUUGUAAAAUAAAUGUGACUUUGUGAUUUUGUAUGAAUAUAUAUAUUUUUUAAUAAAAUAA